ACUUUGAAAAAUUACAUGAAAGAGUUUCAGACAUUUGAUUUUCCUUUCAAGCAGAGAGAAUAUUCUGAAGAUGGAUUCUGCAGAGAAACAGGCAUUACAUAACUUGAGGAAUGAUUUGCAGAGCCACAUGGUUAUAACAGAUCGCAUUCUUAGGCACUUACUGCAACAUAAUAAGAUCAACAAAACUGAAAAACAUGACUUGUCAAUUCAUGGGGCAUCCUCACAAAAGAUCAAGAAGCUCAUACAGAUCUUACAACACCGAGAACAGCCACUUCAGGUUAUGACAGAUGCCCUCUUGUUAGAGACACGAAACAUUUUUAUUGUUAAAAAACUAAAUAAGAAAGUGCGAUAUUAUCGCUCGAGGCAAGAGCAGGAAGAAAACAAAAUAAAGAACAGUAAUUGUAAUCAACUUCACCCAAUCAGUGAAAUUCUGUUUAAGAGGGGAUACGCUGUUCUCUAUGGUACAUGUCACAAGCAGCAAUAUCCAAAAGGACACCAAAAACUAGUGGAAGGAAUGAACGUCUUCAUGAAAACAAUUGAGGACUGUAGGGACACUUUUACUGGCUGUGAAACCCGACAUUUCCAGGAUAUUGUUAAAGAUUACUGUGACAAAAAGGAAAAAGAAAUCAAAGAUGCCAAAGCCUUAUGUGCCAAAUUAGUCAAAGCUAAAAACGGUGAACUUGAUGAGAAAGCUGAAGAAAUGAGUUACCUGAAGGAAGAAGUGGAAAAGCUCAGGAGGGAAAACGAAAAAAUACGCAAAAAUAUGGACCAAGAAAUUCGUGAAAAAGUUCGAGAAGGGGUUCGUCAGAGUUUGCUGUCCAUGCCUAUGCUAAGUUCAUGUUUGGGUUUAAGGACUAUGGACAGGGCACGAGAGCACUCUGAAUCUUCUGACUUUUCAGGGAAUAGUGACACGGGGUCCUCUUCUAACUCGGACCCCCAGGAAGAUAGCGAGGAGGAAGAAGGAUUUAAUACUGAGACCACGGACACUUACAGUGAGGCUGGCCAAUCAGCAACAAGAAUCACCCACAAUUACAACAUAUACAACAAUUACAUGUAUAGUGAAGCUAGGCUUUAUCAGAGCUAAACAAUCAAAUCCUACAAAACAAGCGAAUGUAAAUAUUUUAUUGUUACUUUUAUUUAAUUAUUAUUAUAUUUUACAACAGGUUAUUAAAUUACAUUUACGUAAAUAAUCAAAAUAUUUUUACAACUUUUUUAAAAAAAAAUUUCAUAUAUUAAUUUUUAUAAUUGCAAACUGUGCCAAGUUAUAUAGUCUUCAUUUAAUUAAAUAUUUUAAUUAUGAAUAAGAGGAGCUUAUAAUGCAUUACAAAAACUGCAUUAAUUUUCAUAGAUGAUUAAAACCCGCAUGCGUGUGUCUGUAUAUAAUUGGAAUGACUUGUAUUGAUGCCAGAUUAUUAAGCAGAGAGUAACUUUAAAAUUGUGUAUAUAUUUCACUGUAUAAAAGACCUGCAAGGUUUACAUUGUAACACAAAGAAUUUUUUAUAUUUACAUUUAAAUUUAUUUAAAUGCCUUCUUCCAAAAGAAAACCGUUCUUUUAAAGCAUUGUAUGUCUUCCAGAAUACUAAAUGUUAUCACUGCCCUCUGUAAGUUUUUGAUCUUUAGCCAAAAUCACAAAGAGUUUUCAUUCUAUUUCACUGUUACCUUGAACAUUAUGAAAUAAGACCUUGUGUGCCAUCAUGCUUUCUCUUUGUUAUAACAUGUUAGUAACAGGUUAACAAAAAGCCUAAUUUAAAACCAACUGGCCUUGUUCCCCAUUCCAUAUCACCCUCAGUUACCAUUCCAUUGUUAUAUCAUCCUAGACAAUUACAUUAUAAAUUUAUUUACAUUCUUUGUUAAGUUUUAGAAAUAUUUAUUGUUAUAACUUGUUAUAUGAAGACAUCAUGCAAAUCUGAUGUUAGAUUUUUUAACUUUUAGGAUCAACAUAUUGCUGAUCUCUAAAACCAGUGGUGUCCUCUGUUAUGUAGUUAUUUGGACACAAGC